AUUCGGAUUAUGAGGACAAGGAAAAUCUGGAUACGAUACUAAGUCCUGCCAACUCAGUUUGAGUAUUUCCCAACGGGCGCCUACACGCGUGCGUUUUGAGCGGUAGUAUCGGUUGCGGUGCCAUCGAUAGUUUGCGAUCUCCAUUAAAAAUGCAGAACUUGAAGAUCCAGGAGGAAGUUAACUCAUUGAUGGCUCUAGGCCACCACUUCGAUGAACAGCUAAAGCUGGCAAGCGUCGACUUGGGCGACUUCUCGGACGAUGAUCUGGCGCUCCUUGACAAAUGCGUCCAAUAUUAUUCACUUCUGCACAUCCACGACUUCAAUCUGAACUACUUGCGCGACUUCUACAGUGCCAAGAAGAGGGAAUACAUAGAAAACCGGCAGACCACAGUGCAGCAACGCGUAGAGCUGCAGCGCAUCCAUUCGUCCAUCGAUGAGGCGGCUAGGGACGUAGUCAUUUUGGAGAGAUUUAAAGCUGCUGCGGAAGAGCGGCUCAUCCCGGACAUCGUCGUUAUGCAGCGCAACAGCCAACAGCUUGCAACAAAACAGGCCUUACUGGACAGACAAAAAACCCUUAAGAUUCCAAAGGACUUCAACAUUGAAAGUAUCAUCGAAAAAGUAGAUUCACUGGAGCAGCGCUAAUGAAGUGUACUGAUUUUGUUUUUAAAAAAUUAUUUAAUUGUAUUUACUCAGUAAUGCAAAAACACUUUACAAAAACAUAAAAUCUGCAAAUUUAAAAGAUGAA